AUGUCAUCAGCAACCUGCCAGCUCGAGAGGGCUGGGUUCCCAAGGAAUACUCAAUUGGAAAUGAUGGUUCCAUGCAUAAUCCCACGCAGCAGUCAGAAGAGGACUCCCAAGAAGGCCAAGGGCGAAGAGGACUCUUAUAGGCAAACCUCAUAUCGUACGGUCUAUCUUCCUAAGCAAGUUCCUGAAGGCCUAGCGGUGAAGAAAUUAAGUAAUAGUGUAAUAAGGUUCAAUAACAUCCGUGUACCACUUUGCAACGGUUACUGGCCUCGGAAGCUUCAAAAAGUUGACAUAUGCAUGAUUCGAAGGUACCGCUUCUUUUCCUCAUUGUCCACGGAUGCGCAAAAGCUCGCCCACACCAAGUACUUAGGCGCGUACAUGGCUGUGCAAAAGACAAUCAGGACACCUGCCAGUUAUGGUCGACUUGAUACAGCUUCAGGAUGGGACUGUCUGAUUCGCAAUGUCAGAAUAACAAUCUACGAGAAGAGUACUUCUAUAAAGGCCAACAUUGAGGUCUGGGGCUCUGGUACAGUCCCAAGGCUUUUGAAAAAGGUGCUCAGAGCGAGAAGUGGCCCGCCCACUGUGGACUGUCUGAAAAGGUUAGUGGGGAGCCGGUUUGUCGACGUGAAAGACAGCAGUGAACUGUUAAAGGUCACAGGGAAAACAGUUGAUCGAGAUCUGGAUAUGGCGCAAUCAUCUUUAAGCUAG